UUUCUCUCUCGCGCUCUAACUCCCCAAUCAGCUGUUUGCUUAGUUUAUUGUUCUAUGGUCGUGCCACGGCAAUAUUUAAUUAAACGUAUCUAAUAAGUGUGGAAAACAAAACGAAUUUGUAUUAGCGGAAGGUCUGACUGCACAAUAUUAAUGGAAUUUGAGGAACAUGGAGUUUGAGUUUAAGGAUAAUUCGAAUGGCAGCAGCAGCAGCGGCGGCGGCGGCGGCAAUGCAGACCUCAAUCUUAACCAACGUUAUCGACAUGCUGGCGACCUGACUGGCGAGCCGCCAACGCGAGCUUUUUCCGAGAUCAGCAUUAAAGUGCCCUGGGGUCACAUAGCUGGUAAAUGGUAUGGCCCACAGAAUGUUCAGCCCAUAUUGGGUCUCCAUGGCUGGCAAGAUAAUGCGGGCACAUAUGAUUUGUUGGUGCCUUUGCUAUCACCGGAUGUGGCUUUUCUUUCUGUAGACCUUCCCGGCCAUGGAUUGUCUUCACGACUGCCUGAUGGCUGCUAUUACAAUUCGGUGGAUAAUCUAUAUGUGAUAAGACUUAUCAUGAAGCAAUAUAAGUGGGAAAAGGUGUCUCUGGUUGGCCAUUCCAUGUCUUCCAUAAUUUGUUUUGUGUUUGCCGCUGUCUUUCCCGACAAGGUUGAUAUGAUAAUUGGCAUUGACGCGUUGAAGCCACAUCAACGUCCAUAUCCCUCGGUCAUUCGCACAAUGGAAACGCGCCUGGACGAAUUUCUACGGGAGGAUGAACGCAAUCGCAGCAAGAACGAACCGCCCAGCUAUACUUACGACGAGCUCAUCGAGCGCGUCUACAUCGGCACCUUUCACUCGGUCAACAAGGAGCUGUGCAAACAUAUGCUUGCGCGCAACAUCCAAAAGUCGGGCAAGUAUCCGGACAAGUACUUCUUCUGUCGCGAUCGCCGCUUAAAGUUUUACAACUAUGCGAUUGGCUCGCAGGAGCUAUGCGUGGAAAUGGCCCAUCGCAUUACGUGUCCCUAUAUGUUUAUCAAGGGCUCACAGUCAUCCUAUUUCGAGGACAAAAAGUACUACGAUGAAGUGCUCGAAGUGCUCUUAAAGAAGUCAAACUUUGAAUAUCUGGAGGCAAAUGGCACGCAUCAUUUGCACAUGAACAAUCCAGAGGCCAUUAUUGGCCCGGUCAACAGCUUUAUACAACGUUUUGGUCCAGCUGCCUCUGCCGCGGCGCGCAAAAAGGCCAAGGAGGCUGCCGAGAGCAAACUGUAAAGCUUAUUACAACAACAGCCAAAUACAAAGUCAGUAUAAACUUGGGUCAAUUGGGGCUUAUUUAUUGUUGCAUAAAUGAUUCUGUGUAUCGAUGUCACAUCUCUUAUUUUUAUAUACUUAAUUGUUGAUUAUACUGUUAAAGUCUGGCUCUGGCUCUGCCUCUGCUAUAAAUACACAAUGUACAUACACACCA